AUGUCGAAAUUGUCGCCGAAUCGGAACAGUAGACGACGUCGCGUUCACCAAAUGGUUAUACGAAAUCCACGAAUAAACCACAAAUUCUUUGCCGACGGUGUCAAACUGUAUGCUCCGUAUUUCGAUUAUGCAGAACGUGUUUUUGAUGAGGAAAAAAUCACUUGGGCACGUGGCCUAUCGGAUUUGCAUCAAAAUGAAUUGCAGUUUCAUUCCGGUAAACUGGACAUGAAUGAUGAUGUAUAUAUAAGGUGGUCUUCGCCAUACAAAGUUCAUAUAUCAGGUGUAAAAGAUAAAGUAACCCUGAAAGUCCGCCAAAUAAAGUCGUUAGUGUUCUCAGAAACUGUCUGUCGUACCUUUCUUCCGUCAUUAUAUAGAAUAUUAUCAACCGAAGGAGUUUUUAACGAAUUGUCAGAAAAGUUUGGCAAUGAACUUCAGAUUGAAAAGGUUCGAAAGAACGAAGUUGGUUUCACGGGAAGCAAAACUCAUGUUGCUGCGGCAUCUGCAUUUCUUACUAAAAAAUCUCAGGAAAUCAACAAACUACCGCUUCAAUUGCAUCCUUAUAAACUGAAGUAUUUGAAAUUGCUGUUAGACGAAGGAGAUUUCUCUACAUUGGAAUCGAUUGAAAUGGUGCUUCGGGAUUGCGGGUUGAAAGGUUGUUUUUCUCUUGAUGGAGAUGAGGUUGUCUUUGUCACAAUGCUGUCAACGGAGAGAAUUAGACACUUAACGUUAUUAUUAGACCUAAGCAUAGAAUUCAGUAACCUAGGCGACACAAGCUUUGGGAAAAAAAUUGAUGAGGAAGGUGAAUGGAUUUGCAGAAAAAAUGAGAUUUUGAACCAAUUUAAUGUCCGUUUGAUUGUACCCGAAAAUCAGAUCAUUGCGGGAAUGCGACUAGAAAUACAGAAGUGCAUUGAAGAAUUUGAUCAGUAUGAUUCCGAACUAAUUAUAACUCCAACUCCAGUACUGUGUAAAUAUAUGCUCAAAAUAAAAGAGAAAAUUAUUCAAGAAUGCCAAGCCGACCAUGUUGACGUUAUAUCUUCAGACCCCAACAAGAUUUACAUCAAAGGAAGAACGAAUGAUGUUCGAAACGUGCGCCUUGGUAUUACUCAAAAAGCAGAUUGCUUGGUGCAGAAACAUUUUGAAAUUCAUAACAAAUCAUGUUUGCAAUUCCUCCAAGAUACUGGAAUGACAAUAUUGGAAGAUAUUGAAAACGAAUAUGGAUGCUGCAUUGAAAUGUGUGAAAAAGUCGAGGAAAUUGAAGAUGUACCCAGUCAAACGGAAGCAUUCAAUCCAAAUGUUUUGAAGUCAUUGAGACUAUCUACGGAUGGUGGAUUGGCGGUUGAAAUUCAAUUAUUCCGAAACUCUAAUUUUCUUUCCCAUCGAUGUGACGUUAUGGUGCAUCCAUACAAUCCUGGAGGGGGAUUAUCUGAUCGGUUUUUAGAUAAAGUGGGAACCGCAAUUACUGAUAAAGUAAGAAGUUACAUGAGGCAAAAUCCUUCACGGAUUAAUCCACUGCUGACAGAAUCAGGAAACAUAAGUUGUUGGCGUCACAUAAUCCAUACCCAGUAUCCAAGAUCGACAUCUAAUCAAUGUGAAUCUGACAAACUGAAUCAAUGCAUAUCGAAUAUAUUCACGAUUUGUGAAUGUAAAAAAGCUGGGACGGUUGCAAUAAUAUUGGAAGCAAAUGGUUUAAUGGAUUUAAGAUCUGUGAUGCUUUCUGUUGCCAGAUAUAUCACAGAAGACACUCCAUUGUUUCUUAAACAGGUACAUCUUCUUGUUAUUAAUUGGGAUAUGAAAACUUUAAUGGAAGAAUUUUCCUCAAUUGAAUCGGAGAUAUCACGAGCUUUCAAUGCGAAGAAGAUAUCUGAGGGUCUCCCACAUUACGAAACUAAAACUGUUGUGCUGCAGCGAGUCAAAAAUGGUUUCUCACAUCACAUCUUUCCUAGUGGUCAGCCGACAAAAAUCUCCUGGAUGGAGUAUAUCAGGAAACGUACUCUUACUGCCAUGGAACUAAAGUCAGCAUCUGCAAGAUUUCACAUACCGUCUACUGAGAAUUCAGCGGAAAUAGCUCAAUGGACAAAAGAAGCAAUUGAACAAUGUGAAGGAAUGUUUCCAUCAAAGUUUAUCCUAUCUAUAAACAAUGGAGACAUGUCUUCGGUAUCGUCAUUUGAAAAAACAUUUCUCGGAAUUCAAGACGACUUUAAAGGAAAUAACAAAAAGCCACAAAAUGAAAUUAAAAUUGGAGAAAUAAAAAUCACUGUAAAAACAGGGGAUAUACUUGAAGAAGAUACCGAUGCUAUAGUAAACAGCACAAAUCGUAACUUCAAUUUAAAUCAAGGAGCGUUGUCCAAACGGAUUCUACAUGAGGCGGGGAGAGUCAUUGCUACAGAGUGUUCUUCGAUAAAAGAAAAAGGAAUUCGGGUCACCGGGGCAGGUUCAUUGAGAUGUAAAAAUAUAAUUCACGCUGUAGUAACCUCGAAUGAAGACGAAUUGAAACAAGUUAUCAUAAAGAUUUUAAAGGAAGCAAACCAAUUACAUUUGAAGUCGCUGUCAAUACCUGCGAUUGGAACCGGAAACCUGGGACUGUCCAACAAAUCUGUUGCAGAGAAGAUGAGAGAAGCGGUCGAACACUUCGUUGUAACUACGGAUGAAAGAAUAAUACUUCAAAGUAUCAAUAUUGUACUUAUGAAUGAGGCAACAAUGAACACAUUUAUCAAGCAAGUUGUGGACAAGCCAUACCUACGAAAGACUACACUAGAAGAGACUGUUUCGCAAAUUAUAGUCGAAUUGUUAAUGAUGAUUAUGGUGUUCUUAAGUUCAUUGUUUACAUGGAUAUUUGAAGCCGCAAAAUAUGCAAUUGUUUCAGCUUACAACAACACCAAAAGCGACUUUUAUAGAGAAGUAGAAGUUGACUUCAGGCCAAGGAUUUCCUUCUGCCACGAGAACAGAGAAGUAAUCGAUAAGGCAAUGAUCAAGUUGAGGGACGUAGUACUGAAGAACAAAAUGGUAGUCACGGUGCAUGGUGUUACAGGUGACAAUUUGACCGAAUGGGAUAAGUGGAAGAUAAAAAGCUUGGAGAAACAGCUGCAUGUUCGUAUAUUGGUCAGAAAGAAUUCAGGAAUACUAAUCGAGGGAUUCGGAAAUAAUUCGUCAGUGGCUAAAAAAGAAAUCGAAAAAAUGUUGGAUGAACGCAAAAAAUACACUGAGUUGAAAGUUAUGUGGAUGAGAGGCUUUGAUGGAAAUUGGAAAAGAUUUGAUCAAAGAAUAAGUCACAUGUUGGAAAAAGGUUUUGAGAAACGUGAAGCAACGGUACACGUACAGGAUUUUGUUUCAAACUAUGUUGUUGAAUAUGACAUCCAUUUUGCGGAUAUGUGCAGUUCUCUGACUUCGACGGAAGCUUCAUUGCGAAGAACUUGCGACGACUCAAGCAAACUAGACCCAGACUUGCCAAACGAAUGGGAAGGUGUGGGAAAUGUGCCAAUUUCGAUUCCACUGGAUUCAAAAAGCGUUGAAUUCGUGCAGGUACAAGAAAAAGUAUCAGAAUUAGCUCCGCUUCUUCAGAUCGUAUCGGUGCAAAGAAUACAAAAUAAAACGUUAUUCAAGCAAUAUAAGGCGAAAAAAGACGAACUUUUCCAUAAACAUUCCGACAGGAAAGAUGGGAUCAUCCUCAAACGAACUCUAUUUCAUGGCACAUCAAACGAUUCCAUCGACAAAAUAAUUAAGAGUGGAUUCAAUCGAAGCUACUCAGGAAAAAAUGCGACGCGCUUCGGUCAUGGAUCCUACUUUGCUGUCGAUCCAAAGUAUUCUGACAGAUACACUCAAGCUGAUGAAACAGGAUUGCGUACAAUGUUUAUGGUGAACGUUUUGACUGGGGAGUUCACAAAAGGCAAAGAGAGCGACAAAGUUCUACCCAUAAAAGCUGGUAGCAAUGAAACAUAUGAUAGUCUUGUUAAUGAUGUUAAAGUCCCUACUAUAUUUGUUGUUUUCCAUGAUUCGUCUGCAUAUCCGACCUAUCUAAUACAUUAUAGGCGAGUCAGGUACUAAAGUAGGAGUAUGGAUAAUGGGCGGUAAUUAUUAUGGGUCGUGAAAUGACAAGUACAAGCAUAAUUAUGUCAGUUUUGUUGUGUUGCAUACUUUGUUUGAUUGCUAGGUUGGUGGACCACGUGUUCACUAUAUAUGUUGGUACCAUAGAAUAAAGAGCUUGCUUUGGUACCAACCUCCUUGAAAUUGUAAUGAGUUGUGGACGCUACAUAUGGUUCAGGAAAGAUUUCGUUAUCCUCAAAAUCCUAUCAUUGCCUAAUAUUUUGAAUCCUUGUUCAGGGUGAAGCUUUGUAAUAUUAUAUAAAAUCCAACGUACGACAAAUCAACUCCUAAUUGCAUUUUAUUGUUUUGCAAACACGCCUAUAUGCGUCUGUGUAACAAAAUCUCCAACUUGA